AUGAGCUCAGCUACAUUCGACGCACACAACCCCAUCGUGGUCUCGUCGUCGCCCAGCACGUCAGGGGUGAUGAACUCCGGGCAGUUGAACACUAACUGUCCGGUCAACUUCUCCCCCAACAUGAACAACAACAUGUUCGCGCCACAUCCGUACGGCCAACAACACCUGGGGAUGAGUGCUAUGCAAUACCUGAAUGGAUCUUCGAACAGCUCGUCCAGCCUGAACGACUCGCCCGUCAUGCACAGACAGAACAUGAUCCCCAAUCCAAAAGAGCCCAACACCUCUACGUUGUCCAACAACUCGGUCACAGAACAAGUUCUACUGAUAAACUCUGGGCAAGGGACUGUAUGCACAACCAGCUACGUUCAUCAGAACAAUGAGUACAACAACACAUCUCCAGAUCAGGAUGAACCCGAGCCAAUGUCCAGAGACAGAUGCAAUACCUGGCCAUUAAGAAGACCAAACUUGGAGAAUGGGAUUCCGAACAAACCUAUGAUGCCCGAGCAGAUUCCAGAAGAAGAAUCGUAGGUUUUGUUGUUAUAUGCUGUUUUAGGUAUUAAAUUGAUGAAAACACGGGUUUGUAUGUUUGACAAUAUCCCUUUGAUUAAAUAUUGUUUUAGAUUUGAUAAUGAUGACCUCUUGAACGGAGACUUAGGAGCUACAGGCAAUGAUUUUCCUCAAGACAGCUCUCCGUUGCCAUUUGGGCGGUAAGUGAAAGAUACAAAACUUAAUCGUAGUUUUUAAUCUUCUUUGUAUUUGUUAAACUAAUGUUUUGUAGGUAACUUUAUAGUUUUUAAAUGUAGAUUAAAGGUUAACUCAUACAAAAUUAUGUUGUUUUAAAAUUUGUGUUACAGGAGCUCGCCAGGAGAAAGCCUGCUUGAUUCAGAUCCUAAUGGCAAGAAAGUUACCACACGUCGGAAUGCCUGGGGGAAUAUGUCGUACGCCGACCUGAUCACUCAGGCCAUCCUUAGCUCGCCUGAAAAACGACUGACACUGUCCCAAGUGUACGAAUGGAUGGUGCAGAACGUGCCGUACUUCCGCGACAAAGGCGACUCGAACAGUUCGGCUGGCUGGAAGGUAUGACUUCUGGUUUAAACUCAAUUCAAAAUAAGAAAAAGCUAAUAAGCAAAAGUGAAUUAAAGCCCUCCGGUCCGGUCUGUUAAUUGGCAAUUAAGUUGAUGUGGCAUAACCAAUUAGCGGGUGUCGUCGGGUCAGUAGUUGCCGGCCUUGACGAGUUCAAGGAUUUGCGGGAAUAAUCCCGAUUGUUUCCACACGCAGCUCCGUAUCGCGGCCGUUCGCCGCGGCUACGAAUGCUGUCGCGGUGUCUGGGGUCGCGGCGUUCCGCGUGAUCUCUCGCCGACGUCUACUCGUAUUCUUCUCCCACUCAUCCAUCGGGAAUGCGAUGUCCGCUGGAAGCAAAAAAGACGGAGGGUGACUGCUGUCCGAGAGAACUCCCCAUGUCUGCUCUUCUCGCGAGAUUCGAAGGUGCUGCCCAAAAUGAAAAGUAGUGGGGGUCGCGGUAGAAGAGUUGGAGGUGUAUUUCUCGAGGACCCCGUUCCUCUCCCCAUAUUACUUUUUUCUUUUUGUUUUUCAUAGUUUAAUUAGUCGAGCUCUUGUUUUUCUUGCACUUUUCUCGUUAACCCAGCUCUGUAUCCGCCAAGUUUUAGAUGGAGGGUCAGUAUUUCGAUCAGCCGCUUGAGUUUAGGGGUCGGUGUCGCACUUGGCCUACCAACCCAAACCUUUUGAAGCCGACUGAAGCCCCAACCCGCUAUGACAGCAUUCAUCAGUCGAGCUCCUCUUUGGUUUCUUCUGUUUACCCCAGCUCCCAAUGCUUGAACAACUCGUGGAGCUCUGUGAAUAGUAGCCAUGACUUUACUGACAGUUAUGUCAUGAGCUCCUAUGAUAACAUUGAGUCCUCUGAUUCGUCUGAGAAGCGACGACGGAUUCGUAGGCGGCAUGCUGAAAGUAUGGCGCAGAAGAAGAGCAAUCCCUGGGGCGAUGAGUCUUAUGCAGAUCUCAUCACGCGCGCUUUAGAAAGCACUGACGACGGCCGGCUUCGGCUGAAUGAGAUCUAUCAGUGGUUCAUCAACAACUUGGACUACUUUAGGGAAAGAUCGGGACCGGAGGAGGCAGCCGGGUGGAAGGUAAUUAAUCUAAACAUUGUAAAAACAGCAGUGUAACACAACUCAUUUCAGAAUUCCAUCCGCCACAAUCUGUCAUUGCACAGUCGGUUCAUGAGAGUUCAGAACGAGGGAGCUGGCAAGUCAUCGUGGUGGGUCAUUAAUCCAGACGCAAAGCCAGGAAGGAACCCACGAAGGAGGGCCGCCACCAUGGAAGCCUCUACCAAAGUAAGAACAACUAACUUUGACUGCUUUUUGAGGUUCCAAAUUAGAUAUUGUUAACGUAGGGCAUAUUCCAGGCUGCUUUGGAAAAGAAACGACGUGGAGCCAGGAAGCGGGUGGAGCUGGGGAUCCGUGGAUCGAUGCAGAGCAUCAACGAAACGGCUUCUCAACUGUCAAUCAACUCGCACGACAACUUUAACGAUACUGAUGACGGCUUUGGCUCCCAAUUCGAGACCUUCAGAGGGAGAACACAAUCAAACGUGUCCAUGCCCGGAGGGUUGUCCCCUCAACAGACAACCUUUGAUGACUUUGAGUUCCCUCCUUGGGCAGCCACGAAUGGUCCCAUUGAUAUUGGUCCACCUCCACAACCAACACCUCAGGCCAAUCAGGCAGUGAACGAGUUGCUGGAUCGGACUGAUCAGAUGAGACUGGAUUCAGAGAGCGAAUCCAGAAGGCUGAACAAUGGUCUCUCGAUGUCAGCUCAACAUUCUCCUCAGUUCAUGCCUCAAAUCAAAGAAGAGCCAAAGGUAAGGCACCCACAUCUUGAUUAAUAUACGGCUUUUAGGAAGGAGGUCAGUCCCACUCUCCAAUGUUCCAUGAUAUUUCACAGCAACAAAUUCGGCCGAAUAUGAUGCACUGUCCACAACCUCAACAUCCCAUGAUCUCACAGCACCAAAAGCCAUCUUCCAAGUAAGAUUUGACAACGUUUUUUUUUGUGUUUUUUUUUAAUUUAUACCUAAAAAUAUGAAAGUUAAAGGAUAAGAUGAUGUUAUUCAUUUUCCAUAUACCCAUAGGUCGUCCUCGAUCUUUGCACUGAUGAAAACCUUUUCAGCAACUCUAGCCCAUACUACCCAAGCAAUGGGUAUACCCAACAACCGACGAUUCAGCCGCAAAACCCGACCACCAGCCAGUGGACUCCAUACAGGAUGAAUCCACAGCCUCCCAUGCAGACCAACGUGUAUCACCAACGGCCUAUGAUGAUGGGACAGGGAUGUCCGAUCAACGACCUCCCCAUGGACCUGGAGAACCUCGCGACCCUCGACUCGAGGAUAAUGGACUGCGACGUGGAAGCGGUGCUGCGACACGAAAUGUCCCAGAGCGACAGUCCUCAGCUACAGUUACAUUUUGAUAUCUAA